AAAAAAACAGCUGUUGGCAUUGAAAGUGAAGAUUUUUUAAAAUUAUAAUUUUAGUCGCUAUUCUAGUAUUAAAAGUGCCAUUGAGCAGUGAAGUGCGUUAAUUUUUCUGUCGACAAUAAUUCUCGUACAUCCCAGUACAAGAUCCAAUAAUAAAUAAAAGGGAACUCGAUACUUAUGGCAGAAAAACAAAGCUCAUUCUCAUUGCUACCGAAAAUCGUAAAUGGCGGCAUCGCCGGAAUCAUUGGCGUCACGUGCGUUUUCCCACUGGAUUUGGUCAAGACCCGGUUGCAAAACCAACAGGUCGGACCCAAAGGCGAGAAAAUGUACAAUAGCAUGGUGGACGCCUUCAAAAAAGUCCACAAACAAGAAGGCUUUUUCGGUAUGUACCGAGGCUCCGCAGUCAAUAUUCUACUAAUAACACCGGAAAAAGCAAUAAAACUAGCUGCCAAUGAUUUUUUUAGGUACAAUUUGCAAACUAAAGAAAAAACCUUGCCAAUGUUCCGUCAAAUGCUGGCAGGUGGUUUAGCAGGCUUAUGUCAAAUCGUAAUCACUACGCCAAUGGAAUUGUUAAAAAUCCAAAUGCAAGACGCUGGAAGGGUGGCGGCGCAGGCGCUGUUGGUUGGCAAAACCGUACAAAAAACAUCAGCCACCGAACUUGCAAUGGGCCUCUUCAAGCAACAUGGUAUUUUAGGCUUGUACAAGGGCACCGGCGCUACAAUGUUGCGCGAUGUCUCAUUUUCUGUGAUAUAUUUUCCAUUGUUUGCUACAUUGAACGAUUUAGGCCCAAGAAAAAGUGACGGAUCAGGCGAAGCUGUUUUUUGGUGCUCAUUUCUUUCGGGCUGCGUUGCCGGCUCUUGCGCCGCCUUAGCUGUCAAUCCGUUUGACGUUGUCAAAACUCGACUACAAGCAAUUCACAAGGCAGAAGGCGAACGCUCCUAUAGCGGAAUUGGAAACGCUUUUGUCAACAUUCUGAGGUAUGAAGGGCCAACGGCGUUUUUCAAAGGCGGAGCCUGUCGUAUGAUUGUCAUUGCUCCCUUGUUUGGUAUCGCUCAGACUGUUUACUAUUUGGGCGUGGCCGAACGACUGAUGGGCAUUAAACGUGUUUAAAUUUUGAGCCAAUCAUGAUUUUAGUUCGUUGUAGAACUCGAGGCGGCUUUAUUAUUCGUGAGAAUCUCAUUGCUUUUAUUUUGACAUAAUAUAUAUACGCUGUUGCCACAAAUGUAUUUGGCAAUAUCAAAUAAUAAUGCGACGUUGCCAUUUUAUGUGAUAAUAUUUUGAAAAAAAAACCCUCAGCUAUAAACAUAUAGUAUUUAUGUGUGUCUAUUGUUUUAUUUUUUUGUCGCAACAAUAAUUGUUUAUAUUAUUAUUUUUUAUACAUCAAACAUAAUAUUUAAGAUUGUUAUGGUCAGUAUUUUGUGGUAGAAGUUAAGGUGCAACGUUGCCACCAGACAAUAAUAAUUGUAUUUAUUUUGUUGCAUUUUUAUUAUUUAUUUUGUGUAUGUGUAUGGCAACACUGUUGGUUGUCGUUUGGCAUAUCAAUAAUUCAUCAAAUACCUGUAAAAUAAAUACGUACGUCAAUGUCAAUUAGGAAUUGUUUAGUUAGUUAUUAAAUCGGCUUGUUGUUUGAAUAAAUGGAAAUGUUUAAAUUUUUUGUUUUAUUCAUUUGGCAACAUUGCCAUGGCCUACUAAGAUUGACAUUUUUAAUUACAAGGCCUACUUGUUAACUAUGUUUUAUUCCUUUUGUCUCUUUUCAAUAUCAUUGGCUAAAAAAGGACGAAGAUAAAUAAUUCAAGAUUAAAAAUGGCGUUUGCUACCUGCCAUUUUUAAACCUACUAGUCUUGUGAAUCAACUUGAGACAAUUUCCGGCGAAUCGUUUGUGUGCAACUGUCAAUUUUUUCAAAAUAGAAAACUGCCAAUCACAAUAUUUAUCAAUUCCUACUUUACCGAUAUCGGUUUUUCCAAAUGAUGCUAUUAAUUCACAUGGCCGAACACUGGAGCUGAGUCAUGGGUGCAUUCCUCAAUAAUAGGAAGUCGUUUACGGCCCAGCCCACACUAGAUCCACAUUAGGCGUUCUGAAAAUAUGCGAAAUUAUUUUGUGUCUACUGGCGGUUAUUUUAGCCGCCUGUCAAGGUGUCACCCACAGUAACGUGGCGGCCUUUUACGCCGGUACCAUAAUCGCCAUUAUUAUGUCACUUGUCAUUUUUGUACUAAGUUUGACAGAAGCCGGCCAUUCUUUGAACGGAAUACUCAAAUACCAGUUCGGUGUGCACUUGAUUUUAUUUAUUUAUCUACUAAUUGCUUCAUCUAUUUUGAUUGCCAGGUGGUAUGCUAGACUUUUAAUUGCUGCCGGGUCUUUUGGCAUCAUUGCAUCAAUUGUCUACCUUCUAGAUGCGGGAGCGAGUUAUAGGGCCUACGACGUGCGAUUAACGUAAUUUAUUAAAUAAAAAUAAAUAAUGUUUCUUAUUAUUCAACUUUUUAUUGUCCCUGAACAAACACUGUUGCCAAAUUAUAUUAAAAAUGUUUCACUUGAAAAUCCACAGUUAUUAUUGAAGUUACGCGCUCCAGAUGACGUUCAAUAUUUGCUGACAAUUAAGGUACAAGUUGACUCGAGCAAUUAGCAGAAUCGGUACU